AUGUCUUCACCCGCAGAAUAUUACAGGUCUUUACCACCAGUGAGCAAGGCCUAUGGAGUGGCAUGUUUAAUGACCACAUCUGCAUAUUAUCUUCAACUUUACGAUGUUUGGAACAUUUCACUUCAUUAUGGUCUUGUGUUUAGACAUCUUCAGGUGUGGAGGCUUGUCACAAAUUUCUUCUUUCUUGGGCCGUUUUCGUUCCCUUUCGCUUUUCGUCUUAUAAUAAUAGCCAAAUAUGGAGUUUCACUGGAAAGAGGGCCAUUUGACAAGAGAACAGCUGAUUACUUGUGGAUGUUCAUCUUUGGUGCACUCUCACUUCUAGUGAUAGGUGUACUGCCAUUUUGUUGGAGUCCAUUCAUGGGAAUUCCAUUAGUUUUCAUGAUCACCUACGUUUGGAGCCGUGAAUUCCCAGAUGCGAGAAUCAAUAUAUACGGUGUCGUUUCACUGAAGGGUUUUUAUCUUCCUUGGGCAAUGCUAGGUCUGGAUUUAAUUUUUGGGAAUUCAUUAAAGCCAGGAAUCACAGGGAUGGUUGCAGGACAUUUAUAUUACUUCUUAACAGUUCUUUAUCCUCUUUCUGGUGGCAAGUUCACCUUUAAGACUCCUCUAUGGGUGUAUCCUUUUUCUUUAUAUCUUUAUGCUCAUAAUUCUUCUCAUGCCAGUCAUAAAAUAGUGGCAUAUUGGGGAGAGGGCACUCAAGUAAAUUCACCUGUGCAUUCAAAUCCAACAACGGAUGGAAUUGUAUUCCGUGGAAGAAGUUUCCGUUUGGGAGGCACCCAAACAAGAAUGACAAGUAAUCCACAAGGUCAACAAAAUGAAAGCAAUGUUUCUCCACAACAACAAAAUCAAGGCAAUGGAAUUGCUUUCCGAGGAAGAAGUUAUCGCUUAAACGGAUGA